GCUGUGCCUGAUGUCUCUUCCACUAAUCCAAACUCUCAAGUGAAUGGCUGUCCUUGCUACACACCAUCUCUGUCCAUUCACCACACCGACUCACCAACUAGAAUCUCUUUUAACUGUCUUCCAUACCCUCUUUCCCUCUCUCCCUUCUCCCCACAAUGGCAACUCUUCAUUCCCUGGCGUUUGCCUCUGCUGUCUCUCACACCUUGCUCAACCAACCCCGUUCUCUUUCAGUAAUACCAUCUUGGAUUGUUCACCGGAGUGCGAAUUCGCUCUUCAAUGGGCAAUCUUUACAGUUGGCCCAUUCACGGCUGUCUCCAACAAGAUGGAACUCUCGGAAAUGUGGACCAAUAACAAUGAUGGUCAAACCAACAAUUCAGUUCAUUCAAGGAACUGAUGAGCAGACAAUACCGGAUGUGAGGUUAACCAAGUCAAGAGAUGGUACUAAUGGCGUUGCUGUAUUCAGAUUUGAGCAACCGUCUGUUUUUGACUCAUCGGGUGAAGUUGGUGACAUCACUGGUUUUUACAUGAUUGAUGAGGAAGGGGUUCUUCAGUCUGUUGAUGUGAAUGCCAAGUUUGUUAAUGGGAAGCCUGCAGGAAUUGAAGCAAAGUAUAUAAUGCGUUCUCCCCGAGAGUGGGACAGGUUCAUGAGAUUCAUGGAGCGGUAUUCUAAUGAAAAUGGUUUGCAGUUCAUCAAAAAAUGAGAGCUGGAUAUCUCAGAAGAGAUGUUUUGCGGGUCAGUUACAUAAUGUGCUGUUGUUAGAUGAACUGCAGAUCACCAAGGAGCUCAAUCAGGCAUUCUUAACAAUUUCUCUUCCUCCUUCACAUUGAUUGACAGAUUUAGUUGUUCUACAUGAACGUGGAAAUAACAGCCAGAAAUGCACUGCGUGGAUGUUCUAAGUAACAAUGUUGUUACUUAAUAGUUCUUGAUAGAUGACUGUUCACAGGAAACUAAAAUGAUAUGGAA